AUAAGCCUUGGCCAUAUCCGGGAUUGCAUGCAACUCCUUUGUGUCUUCGUUACUGCACUAUAGAUCCCCACACGUCGUCAAUUUAGUCGAGUUUUGAGUAGAUUUAAUGUGUGGAUUUCAACCACACUUGUUGCGAAGGUUUUACUGCCAUUCCUGCAAAGAUUGGACUGCAAUUGAACUGCGGUACGUGCUUGGUGCCAUUGUAUGAUUAGUUGCGUUCGAGAGUUCUUUUUUUCUGGAUGGGAUCCAUUGGUCAUUGAAGUGGCAACAUACUAUUGUUAAAGGUGGACCAUCGGUGUUUUUACUGCACAUGGCAUCCGCGGUGGGAUCUGUGGCAUUCUUGCCCUGUUCAGUUGCAGGACAGGGGAGUGUCGUCUACAAAGUUCGCUUUUCAAAGCAUCGGAAAUGCACAUUGCGUGGUCAGAAGCCUUCGGAUAGAGCCUUCUUCGGAGGGGAUUUUUCUAUUUCAAGAAGUACUCAGGAAUGCAAUUCAAAGCAUGAAAGGAGCUCAAGGCCUCUUCGUGUAACUGCCGAAAAAGUUGUCGGCAUUGAUCUUGGAACAACAAACUCUGCAAUGGCAGCUAUGGAAGGUGGACAGCCUACAAUAAUUACUAAUUCUGAGGGCCAGAGGACAACCCCUUCGGUUGUUGCGUACACGAAGAAAGGUGAUCGAUUAGUGGGGCAGAUUGCUAAGCGCCAAGCUGUAGUGAACCCUGCGAACACAUUUUACUCAGUCAAGCGAUUCAUUGGACGGAAAAUGAACGAAGUGGAAGAUGAGUCCAAGCAAGUUUCUUACCAAGUCAUUCGAGACUCCAAUGGUAAUGUGAAACUCGAUUGUCCAGCAAUCAACAAGCAGUUUGCUGCUGAAGAAAUAUCCGCGCAGGUUCUAAGAAAAUUGGUAGACGAUGCCAGCAAGUUUCUAAGCGACAAAGUUGACAAGGCUGUUAUAACAGUGCCUGCUUACUUCAACGACAGUCAACGCCAGGCUACUAAAGAUGCUGGUCGAAUUGCUGGAAUUGAUGUACUGAGAAUCAUCAACGAACCCACUGCGGCAUCGUUGGCAUAUGGUUUCGACAAGAAGAAAAACGAAACUAUCUUGGUCUUUGACCUUGGCGGGGGCACCUUUGAUGUUUCAGUCUUGGAAGUUGGAGAUGGGGUUUUUGAAGUACUUUCCACAGCGGGAGACACCCAUCUCGGUGGUGACGACUUUGACAAGAGAAUAGUGGAUUGGCUGGCGAAAGAAUUCAAAGCCGCUGAAGGCAUUGACCUCUUAAAGGAUGCUCAAGCACUUCAGAGGCUGACUGAAAGUGCUGAAAAAGCUAAGAUUGAAUUAUCCUCCCUCACUCAGACAACUAUCAGUCUUCCUUUUAUUACAGCGACUGCGGAGGGACCUAAGCACAUUGAUACAACACUUACACGUGCCAAGUUUGAGGAGUUGUGUUCGGAUCUCUUAGACAGAUGUCGUGAGCCAGUAAAGAGAGCUUUAGACGAUGCCAAGUUGAGUCUCAAGGAUUUGCAGGAAGUUGUCUUGGUGGGAGGGUCGACUCGAAUUCCUAGUGUGCAGCAAUUGGUCAAGCAGAUGACAGGAAAAGAUCCAAAUGUUACUGUUAAUCCUGAUGAAGUUGUUGCUCUUGGUGCAGCAGUUCAGGCUGGAGUUCUAUCUGGUGAGGUUGGUAAUAUUGUGCUUCUGGAUGUUUCGCCUCUAUCGCUAGGACUGGAAACUUUGGGGGGUGUCAUGACAAAGAUCAUUCCUCGAAAUACGACACUGCCGACUUCCAAGAAAGAGGUCUUCUCUACUGCGGCUGAUGGUCAAACAAGCGUCGAGAUUAAUGUGCUCCAGGGAGAACGUGAGUUUGUAAGGGAUAAUAAAUCGCUCGGAAGCUUCAGGUUGGAUGGGAUUGUACCUGCACCACGUGGAGUUCCACAAAUCGAGGUGACCUUUGAUAUUGAUGCCAAUGGCAUUUUAUCGGUCACAGCUAUGGACAAAGGAUCAGGAAAGAAGCAGGACAUCCAGAUAACUGGUGCCUCCACCCUCAACAAAGAUGAUGUGGAGAGAAUGGUCCAAGAAGCAGAAAGAAAUGCAGAAGAAGAUAAGAAACGCAGGGAGGUUAUUGAUUUAAAAAAUCAGAGUGAUAGUAUGAUUUAUCAGGCAGAGAAGCAGUUGAAGGAACUGAGUGACAAAGUUCCAGCAGACCUGAAGAGUCGUGUGGAAACGAAGGUGGUCGAUCUCAAGGAAGCCGCGAAGACAGAGGAUGUGGAAAAAAUGAAAAGAGCUCAAGAAGCGUUACAACAAGAAGUAAUGCAAAUUGGACAAGCAAUAUAUGGAAGCGGCGCUGCACACGCAGGCCCUGCACAACCUGGUUCCGGAGCUGCUUCAUCACCUCCUGGAGAUGAUGCUGAGGUGAUUGAUGCAGACUUCACUGAUUCAACGUGAAAUGUAGGGGCCAAUUGACAACAACUUCAUCUACUGUGUGAAAAUGAAGUCGCCGACCUUGGGGAACGCUUAUGAGCAGUCAUUUGUAACAGUUGUAUAUAAACAGGUCAAUCAAUUCAUGUGUAUCUGAAAAUGCUUUAGUAACUUAGGAUAGUAGUUAGAUAUUACUCCGCCACUCAAGUGAAAAUGUUGUGCGCAAUGAGUUUGUAAAAUUCCUAUCCUAAUAAUAUAAGCAUUUGUUCAGUUGCAGAAAAAAUUGCUCUAA